CAAUCAGGCGAACCAACAGCCACGAUGAAGGUUGUCGACGAUUACGAAACAACUUAUACCAUUAACGAUGUCAUUACACAGCUUGAUAAGGAGAUAUCAACAAAGUUAAAGGUGAAUAAUGGUCACUAUGAUCGAAACUCGAGACAGAAUUCGGAUGGCAACUGUUCCUCCUCUGGAACUUCGCCAAAACAAGGUCGCAAAUGUGGUCGUCCUGCAAACCCAGUUCCCAGGCACAAGAGAGAUUCUCACAUCAAGGCAGAAUACAAACGCCGUGACAAAAUACAGAAAGGCUUUGAUACCCUGAGAGAAUUGGUACCGGCACUAGAAGAUUGUUCCCCAAAAGAAAGCAAGUCGGCUAUGCUGUGCAAAACUGCCGUGCAUUGCUGCCAGGGUAAGGCCGAGUCUAAGGCUCGACAAGACGAGAUCAGUGUCCUUCGGCAAGAAAUACAAGCCUUGGGGUCUGACAUUCAUAUGCUGCAGAGUCAACUGCCUGCAUCUGGAAUAAAGAGCCAGGACAAGUCUCAGUAUGAUCUUGACAAGCUGUAUGCAGACUACGUCCGUGAACGUACCUCAAAUAAUUGGAAAUUUUGGAUUUUCAGCUUCCUGAUGAAUCCAAUGUACAAGGCAUACAAAUGUCUGACAGCCUCAGCCACAAGAGAUAACCUGGUCAAAUCAGUGCUGCAGUGGGCAGCUGAUCACUUGUCUCUCACAAGUCUCCGUCCAGGAAUGCUUGAUUCGUUGACAUCACUGUGUAAAAAGACCAGCAUCAUGACCAAACCAGAAUGUCUGCAAGAGGAGGCAUUAUCUAAUACCCAGGCAUUCCCCUUUCCUGCACCACCAAGCCCAACAUCACCACAGAUACCAGCAUCAGUUUCAAGUCCUGCAGUAUCCCCUGGCCCUUCUGUGGUCCCCCACUCUCCCAUCCUGCCAGCCCACGAGGCCAGCACAGAUGAUAGUAUGGAUUUGUGGACUUCCUUGCAUCAAUCUGAUGAGCAGCUUGACACCUCUACCAUCAUUGUGGAUAGUAUCAUGGCCGAAAGUGAGAAUUCUAUAUCUAGUCAACUCACCAUAGACCACAUGCUGUCCGACAGUCUUCUUGACAGUCUAGCUAAACAGGUUGAUGUACAGGACUAUAAUUUACCAGAUCUUUAUCAGAUUCUUCCCACCACUUCUUUAGACUCUCUAACUCCACCACACAGCUUUGACGGAGUUUCAUCAACACAAUCUAUGAACUGCACUGUGAUAUCCGAUGCUCAGUUCACACAAUCUGUGAGCUUCGGUGAUAUUUCUGAAUCUCUUACUACUAGUAGUAGCUACUGUGUUCUGGACUCUUGUAAUUUGAUCCCCUCUUCCAGUCAGGUUGCUCACUCAAACACUUCAUCUGUGGGUAAACAUUUAUAACACAACAUGGAGUGUUGGCCAGGCAUGGUGAAAACACUCCAGUGAGAGAGGCAAAGAGGCUGAGGAAGACAAGGGACAAGAGUCUGAAAAAUACUUGAGUGGAGUUUGAGAGAAAAGUAUAAGAGUCGAAAGAGAAAAAAAUGUGUAGAGUUGAAUUUGAUAGUAUAAUACAUGAGUGGAGUUGGAGAGAAAAGUGCAAAAGAGUAAAAUAUGUGAUAAUAUAAAAUGUGUAUAUAAUGAGACAUAAAGCAUUGUUAUUGUACAAUGAAUGGAACAAUUUUGAACAGGACAAGAGGUGAUGGUGUUCAUCGUAGAAAUCAUGUUUAAUCAUUGUGUAUUCUGUUGGGUGUUCUUGUAUCUAUGUAUAGCUUGUACAGAAUGAUAAUGAUGAUUGUACACUUAACUCUAGUGCUUGUAUUUAGGCUAGUACAGAACAAGUGUCUGGUUAGAAAACAGAUGUCAAUCUACAAACAACUUGUAAAGAAUUUUUCAUAAUGCAUGGUAUAUCAUUGUGAACCUCGUCAAAAGUCAAUAGACUCUCAGCAAUCAAGGUUUAUUAUAGGACUGACCACAUAAGCAUUAAAUUUAAUUGAUACAGUAUUUAUCGUACAAAAUUUUGUUCACAUGCAUUAUUCAGUUGAUUUCACUUAAUUUUACAAAAAGAUAUCAAGUUUUUAUGAAAACAUUCAGCAUUGAAACUUAAGUAUGGUUUACAUAUAAAUAAAGUUCAACAUGAAACAGUACACUGAAACUUUGGAAACCAAUAUCUGGGCUGUACAAUGCUGAGAGAGGUGUUUGAGAAGUUGUAGAUGUUUGGUUAUACUGGUAUUUACAUGGUAAAUACUGUGUAUUUCAGUUCAGAAGAUUAUUGAGAUAAAUUGCGUUAGGAUGGCUUACUUGUGUGUACCUAUUGUGAUAGACUCCCAUCAUGACUACAUGCGUAAACCAUUUUGUAUUUAGCCCCAAUAGUUUUGAAGUUGUCAAAGAAAGUAUUUCACUGUACCAUGUAAUUGUUAUAUUUGUUAUAAAGACAUAAAUUUUCAUAA